AAAUACCUCUGACAAUCUCACCAUUAAAAGUGAAUUCAGUUAUAAUUGGCUGGAUCCACACAACACAUUAAGCUAUAAACUGUUUAUAAGCAAGGAAUGUUCUGAAGAUAUUUUGGGGUAGGUUUAUGGUAAUAAUGGACCUCUGGUUCUCAGCUAAUAUAACCAACAUAUUGAAAUAGUAACAGAUGGGAAGACAGUGGGUUGAAUCAAACCAAUAUUUGUUACUGAUUUUGUAGACAAUUUACAGUGCAGUGUAAUAAUACAUAAUGUAUUUGAAAGCAACUCUCAGUGCACAUGGGGAAGGACUACAACUGCAGAGUAACUUCAAAAGAGGAAAAAAUUUCGUUGCUUUGAUCCUGUUGGGAAGCUGAAAAUUAUUUGCUGUCUCCUUUAAAGGCUGCAACUACGAAAUCAGUAAAUUUAAAAAAAAAUUCUAAAAACAGAUUUGGUAACCAAGCAUUUGCCAUGACGACAGCCUUCUGUUUGUAGAAUGCCCUUAACUGCAGACCAGAAGGAUAAAUUGCUUAGAAGGAGCCAGAAGCUUAAACAAAUUUGGUGCAAUGCACUUGGUGGCUUCCAUACCUGGAACUGGAGGUUAUCCGUUUAACAGUUUUGAUUUUGAACCAAUCACAAACUGUCAGCCAGAACAUUAGUUCCAUUUAGUGAUUUACUCUCAGAAGCUAUAUAUUUUGCUCUCAGCAUACACUUGAAAUGGCCAAUAUUAUGGCAAACCUAAAGACUUUCCAGCCAGAAUAUGGGAUUGGGGCAAAUGAGCCACUGUUUCAUCUGAAGUCUUAUGCCAAAGGAUUGAUGGUGAAUGCUUGUGCCCAUGCACUUUUCUUCUGCAAACUGCUCAAUGCCACCAAACAGAAAGAAGAGAAUUGUAAGGAUGCACUCACUGGUUCCCAACCUUCUAAGGAUAAUCAAAGACUGAAGAUUGGGAUUAUUGGUGGAGGCCAUCUUGGGAAACAACUGGCCAGAACAUUGUUACAUUUGGGUGCCAUUUCAGGAAAGAACAUCCAGAUCUCUACAAGACAGCCAGAAACUCUAUUAGAAUUCCACAAGCUGGGAGUUGAGUGUAUCUAUAACAACAAGCAGUUGGUAGGCUGGGCAGAUGUUGCUUUUCUCUGCUGUCUUCCAUGUCAUCUUCAACAAAUAUGUUCAGAAGUUCAGGAUUCUCUCAAAAACUCAUGUAUUAUAUACAGCCUGGUCACAGCAAUCCCUUUGAGCAGACUGAAGCAACUUAUUUCCUCCUGUUCAAUCUUGAGGCCUCAGUAUAAGUGCUCUGAGAACAGCUCUUUUCACAUGUGGGAGGCUAACAGAACAGUUUUGGAAGCCCUCAAAAAUACAGCAAUUAUCCAGGCGACAUGUCCUUGCAACUCCAAGAGUGAAAUAACUGUCAACGUGAAGUGGCUGGCUGCUGUAUUUUAUGCAGCUUUAAAUAGCUAUACACAACAGCAUUUCUCCUACACAAAGGCUCUGGGAUUGCUCAAUCAAGUAUGUUUUUGUGAAGGCAAUGCCACCACCUCAUCACCAUUUCUAGUUUGUGAACAUUUUAUCAACCAAGCCUUUGCUUCCUCCUUGGCUGCUGAUGAUUCCUUCCCCUGGUUUGAUAUAACAACUGUACAGCUAAAAGACUCACCUCUUAGCCAGCUUCUUGAAACAAAUACCUCUCUUCAGGAAAUCAUUGCUUCAUCUUAUUUUAACAUGAUAACAGCAUUAGCCAUGAAAAGUGAAGAUUUGACGACUUCUAUGACUAAAAAGAUACCACUCUCAGCAGUGCUGCUAAAACCCACUAAAUCACUGAUUUUUCAAAUUGAUAAAAUUCCUGCAAAGAAAACAGAAGAGACAUCUAGUACUGAUUCUGAAGACUCAUAAAUUAUCCAAGCUGUUAGAAGUGGAAAGAUUUUUUUGCUCUCAUUUUUAACAUUAAAAAACUUUGGAAGCAAUGUCUACAAUGGUAUUAUAGGAAUUUAAAUGGUAAAUAUUAAUGAAAGCCAAUGGGAAAUUAAAUUUUGCAAUGAAAAAUUAGGCAUAAAUGCAAAAUACAAGGAAAAUUCUAAAAAAAAACAAUUCACAUGUCCACCUUUCUAUAUUUGUCUCAAUGCAGCAUUCACAUGAAUACACUAAUGUGUUUCACUGUAAUUUUGUGCACAAAUUCCACCAUGAAUUAUAGUCUGUCAUAUAUGGCUUUUUAAUUGAAGUUUGUGUUUUAUUGUAUCUUUUAAAUCUGAAAUGGUUACUCCCUUGGCAUUCACUUUUCAGACAUAAAUUAUAUUCUAAAUACUGUAUUUAUAAGUUUGGUUGUUUGAUUUUUCAUGUUGCUCCACCUUUGCAUUUAUCUAAAACUUAAGAAUAUUAACAAAAUAUAAAUUGGUUUAGCUAAAUAUUGUUGCAUUUUUAUCAUUAUGAUAAUGAUCAUUUGUCCCAGUUUAGAAUAAGAUUGGACCUGCAGUGAAAUUGACACAUAUACCUCUAAAGAAAUGAAAGUUCUAAAUCACAUCGCUGAUAAAUUAGCAAAUUCCAAUGGUAAAAUUUCUUAAUUUUAUAUGGCACUAGAACAUUUUAAGCAGCACUGCAGGACUUUAGUGUUUUUGUAAGGGAUGCUGUCAUGUGAUCCUAAGUAUUUAGAGCAAUUCAUUAAUAUAUGGCAGCUGACUUGAAGCCCCAUAUAUUCUUACAAGAGUCCUCACAGAACAAAUGAUAAGACUUCAUCAUAAGUACCAGUAAGAACAAUCCUCUGUGUUCACAUAUGGCUUUAUUUUGCAUUAGUGAUGUGGAAAAAUUUCUGUUUUGCAUCAGGAAGCACUUCCUCCAUGAUAUUCUAUUUAUCAAGUUUAGGAUUAGGAUACUGGUUAAACUGCAUCCAUAUGCAAUUUUGUUCCCUGUGAAAACUGAAAUAGAAAUACAGGAAAAUAUUUCAAUGUAAU